GGUAUGGGAAUGGAGGAGAGUGACCAAAAUGACGAGUUUCUCUGCGUUUACGCCGUCCUCUCGUGCUUCAUCCUGUCGGUUACGUACGUGGCGAGCCUGCACGUAUGGAGCUUACCGCACACCAGGGAACAUCCGAGUAUCAUCAAGAAGAGAUUCUUCAGUGUUUUCAUCAUGACACUGAUCUCCCCGGCCCCUCUGUACUUCGGGAUGCACGCCAAAGUCUUCCAGAAGGCAUCAAUUUGGGAGCUGCUGGGUCUGAGAUGGUCUGGAUUACCCCAGGCUAUUUUCAUCCCUCUGUUUCUGACGAUGGUGCUGUUCCUGGGGCCCCUCAGCAUGCAGGGAUUCAACGGACUCUGGCGGCUGUACGCUGAACCCAUGUACUGGCUGGGAAGUGCGAAAACCCUCAUCUUCUGGAGGAAUCAGGUGGUCGCACCUCUGAGUGAGGAGUGGACGUUUAGGGCGUGCAUGCUGCCACUGCUGCUCCAGUGCUUCAGCCCCACCACUGCCAUUUUUAUAUGCCCGUUGUUUUUCGGAAUGGCCCAUCUUCACCAUGUGGUCGAGAGAACGAAGAUGGGAAUGGAUUUUAAACAUGCCAUCGUCAUCACGUGUUUUCAAUUUGCAUAUACGACGUUGUUUGGAGCUUAUGCAGCCUUUCUAUUUGCCAAAACAGGUCACUUUGUGGCUCCAUUUGCUGUUCACUCAUUCUGCAACCACAUGGGUUUCCCAGAUCUCUUGGAAGUGAUUGCAUGCGAGGAUCGCCUGAAACGAGCUGGUUUACUAAGCCUCUUCGUUAUCGGCCUAGUGGCCUGGUGUUUCCUCCUGACGCCAAUGACAAAUCCAACUUGGUUCAAUAACAAUCUCUUCUGGCAUAAGCAUUUUUUGUAAUUCUACGCCGAGAGAAAAAGACUAUUUUCUCAAACAAGUCUUGUUUCAUCCGAGAAAACCGCUAGUUCAGGAAACAAAAAUGAUUUACCACAAGAGUUUGACAUCGACGAUAAUUUUAAUACUGGGUUUCUCCCUAAACUCGAAAAUUUGAUCAUUGAAUCGUGUGAGUAUUGCACUAAUUAGAUAGGAGUAUUUCAAGUGAAGUCUAGUGUCUUAAUCGAUAACUGAUACUUAUGUACAUAAAAUUUGUGAAAUAAUGUUUAGAGGCGAUUAAUAAAUGAUGAUUUACUGAUGA